CGCCCGCGCGGUGAGCCCGUCCGCCCCCAGCUCCCACUCCCAGUGAGCCCGUCCGCGCGCCCUCGCCGCCCACCCGCCUAGUGAACUCGCCCGCCUCCUUUCACCCCUCACCGCCGAGCAAACCAGCCGGCCCCCUGCGGCUGCGAGGAUGGGGGUGGCGGUCGCGCUGGGCUCCGGGGCCGCCCGGCUCUUCUUCUACCCGUCGCUGCUCUACACCCUGGUGCGGGAGCGGCUGCCCGGCUCCCAGCGGCCCUGGUUUCACCGCAUCGACCGGGCCGUGCUGCUGGGGGCGCUGCCGCUGCGGGCACGGAGCCGCAGGCUGGUGGAAGAGGAGAACGUGCGCGGGGUGCUCACCCUGAACGAGGAGUAUGAGACCCGCUUCCUCUGCUGCUCCGCCCAGGAGUGGGAGGCAAUGGGAGUAGAGCAGCUGCGUCUCAGCACAGUGGACCUGACUGGAGUUCCCACAUUGGAAAACCUGCAGAGAGGUGUUGAAUUUGUACUGAAGCAUCGGGAGUGUGGGAACAGUGUCUAUGUGCACUGCAAGGCAGGACGCUCCCGCAGUGCCACCAUGGUGGCAGCAUAUUUAAUUCAGCUGUACCAGUGGAGCCCUCAGGAAGCAAUAGAAGCCAUUGCCAGGAUCCGUCCUCACAUCCUUGUUCGCCCCAGGCAGGUCCAGGUCCUGGAAAGAUUUCACAGGAAUGUGAUUGCUGAGGCAGCCGCAGAGUCUCAGCAAGAGCUACCAGAAACCCUCCAUCAGCUCCCCACAACAAGCACAAGUUCCUAGUGCACUAAUAAGGAACGGAUGGCUGCACAACCAAUAAAGAACUUUUCAGGCGCACAAUA